CCCACCAAUACCAUGGCAAAACAAACAAUUCAACCAAACCCAAUUCCAAGUUCUCAGCAUUCCAUUUUCAUCCCAAACAUUACCCAGCAUAUGUGAUGGCGUUGGAUUUGGUUCCAACUGCCAACGGCUACAUUAUUUCGUCGGGUCUCCAACGGUUAUAUUGGCCUUGGAUUCAUGUUUCCUUUCCCGCGUUGAUAUCGGGGCGGUUUCGUUGAAGAAUCCCACCCAUUACACCCUUCCUUCUCCUCCCGUUUCCCAACAAUCUCGCGCGCGAGGUGGAAAUCCGAUGCAGCGCGGCGCACCCCAUCAUCACAAAGGGGGAAGAACCGGGGCAGCAAUAAAAAUGCCGCCUUUCCUAUCAUUAGCCAUCCCGUGACUCGCCCCCCAUCCUCUGCCUCGAUUCUGCUCUGUUCCCUGGUCCUUUUUGCCCCCAUCUCCAUCCGUUAUCUCAACUGGGUCUCUCUUGGGUCCCGUCUCCCUCUCAUCAUUCCCCCUGUUCCCUGGUCGGGGUCCUCCGGCGCCGCCGCCAGCACCCACCCCCCGCCGAUGCCAUCCGAGACGUAGACCGUGAUGGGCUGCGUGGCAUCGAAGAAUGCGGCCCCUGUGACACCGGUCAUCGACUCGGCCGGCGUGUCGGAAUAUCUAGACGCCUCAGGGGAGGUUCUGGGGGCAUCGUCGUCGCUGUUUAACCGCCCGAAGCUCGGGAGCUAUGAGUUCGGGGACCGCAGUGAGUCCGGGGAGUCAGGGACGAUCGGCAACACCAGGAAUUCGAUGAGCUUUCGGCUGGGGAAUCUGCAUCGGUACAUCGAGGGAGAGCAGGUCGCUGCCGGGUGGCCUGCCUGGCUCACUACUGUUGCUGGAGAAGCCAUUCAGGGAUGGGUUCCCCUUAAAGCUGAGUCCUUUGAGAAAUUGGAGAAGAUUGGACAAGGUACCUAUAGCAGUGUGUUCAAAGCACGUGAACUUGACACGGGAAAGAUUGUUGCCUUGAAGAAGGUCCGGUUUGAUGUUUAUGAGCCUGAGAGCGUUCGGUUUAUGGCACGCGAGAUACAGAUCCUCCGCAGGCUGGACCAUCCCAAUAUUAUCAAAUUAGAGGGACUGAUUACUUCUCGAUUGUCCACUAGUAUAUAUCUUGUUUUUGACUAUAUGGAGCAUGAUCUUGCUGGAUUGUCAUCUUGUCCGAACAUCAAUUUUAGUGAAUCACAGAUCAAAUGCUAUAUGAAACAAUUACUGUCUGGGCUUGAACAUUGCCAUGCGCAUGGGAUCAUGCAUCGUGACAUCAAGUGUGCAAAUCUUCUGAUUAAUAAUGAGGGGAUCCUGAAAAUUGCCGACUUUGGUCUAGCAAACUUCUGUGAAUCUGGGAGAAAACAACCACUUACUAGCCGUGUUGUGACGCUAUGGUAUCGCCCACCGGAACUUCUUCUGGGUUCAACAGACUAUGAAGUAUCUGUGGAUCUGUGGAGUGUUGGUUGUGUGUUUGCAGAAGUGUGUCUUGGGAAGCCUAUCUUACAAGGGAGAACUGAGGUUGAACAAAUACACAAGAUAUUUAAGCUAUGUGGUUCUCCACCAGAUGAGUAUUGGAAAAGGUCCAAGUUGCCCCAUGCAACUCUUUUUAAACCCCAACAACCUUAUGAGGGUCACCUUCGAGAGACACUUACAUGUUUACCUAAAUGUGCCUUUCGCUUAUUAGAAACUUUUCUGUCAGUUGAACCAUAUAAGCGUGGCACAGCCUCAUCCGCUCUUGCAUCUGAGUAUUUCAAGUCAAAACCAUAUGCAUGUGAUCCAUCGAGCUUGCCAAAAUACCCACCUAACAAGGAGAUUGAUGCAAAAGCCUAUGAGGACUUGUGCAGGAGAAGGGUCAGUAGUAGGCCACGUGAUGUAGAAGCCACAAGAAAACCUUCAAGAAUGUAUAGAACUUCACAGGAAACAAAUGGGAUAAAUAAGGCCACAUCUUGCCAAAAGGACUUAUGGAAAACAAAUGGAGGCAGUAAUAGCAGUGCCAAGAGAGAUCAAACAAGAAACAGUAAUACUAGACUGCUUGUAGAUCUGCAGCCAGCACCAGCAAUUAAUCCCCCAGAUGAGGGUCGAUAUUUAAAGCAGAGCUGUCAAAAAGACAUUCGUUCCUUGGGUGCCUUGCAGGUGUCUGCUUCUAGCGGCUUUGCAUGGGCAAAGAAACCAAAAGAAGGCCGUUCAUAUAUCAAUUCUCAUUCUAGAUUCAGCUCAAGGAGCCACAUAUCUGGUGCACCAGAUUGUUCGAAUAUCCUGCGAACAAAAAUUCCUUCCGACCUGAAGGGACAAGCUAACAGAGACAUUGGACAUGUGCCAUAUUUGAAUUCUAACAAUGGCAGGCAACAUGAGAUUGCAAAGCAUGAGAUGCUCACACAAUGGUCACAGUCUGAAUUUCCAGAGCAAUAUGAGAUUGCAAAGCAUGCGAUUAUGAACCAAUGGUCACAUCCAGUAAAGCCAGACUCAUUUAAUUCCUGUGAUUCUUAUCAUUCUCAAGAUUUAUUGGAUGCACUUUAUAAGAGAGAUGCAAAAUCAACUAAGCAUAGCAUCUUGGAGUACCAGAAUCGAGGAGACAGAGUUGAGUUCUCUGGGCCUCUACUUUCUCAGACUCAAAAGAUUGACGAACUUCUACAGAAACAUGAACGGCAUAUCCGCGAAGCUGUUCGCAGAUCAUGGUUCCAGAAAGGGAGAAAGCAAGGACAUUGAGAUCUAUGGACAUGCUAUUUUCUACUAAUAGUUAUAGGUGUCCUCAGGAAUUCGAGAAGAGUACUCUGAGCUACACUGAAAACAAAAUCCAUGGCGGUGACCUAACAAUUAAGGGUCAAGUGUCAUACAUGAAUCUUUUCCAUUGGCAACCAAAUCUAAAAGUGAAAUUAUUUGAUUAUUCAUACGUAAAUUAAGGAAUCCACUUAAUCAGCUGGUACUUACAAUGCUCUUGACACUGCUAAUGUUGAAUAAGUUCACAAAGGUGCAAAAACUAUGGAAUUAGUCUUAGUCUUUUAUUUUGCAGCUACUUGAACCUU